AUGGGGAGGAUUGCCAAGGAGGUGGCGGGUCAGAUCAUCAGCUUCAUCGGCUUUGUUGGUACGGCGGUGACGUGCGGGAUCCCCAUGUGGAGAGUGACCAGCUUCAUCGGCGCCAACAUCGUGACAGGACAGAUCAUCUGGGACGGUCUGUGGAUGAAGUGUGUGAUGCAGAGUACGGGGCAGAUGCAGUGUAAGCUGAACGAGUCCGUCAUGAGUCUGUCCAGGGAUCUGCAGGCCGCACGAGCCCUGGUCAUCAUCGCCCUCAUCUUCGCCUUCAUCGGCUUCAUCAUCACCUUCAUCGGAGCGCGGUGCACCAGCUGCCUGAAGAAAGACUCAUCAGGAGCCAAGGUGGUGAUCGGUGGAGGGUGUCUUAUUAUCGCUGGUGCCAUCCUGCUCCUGAUCCCCGUCUGCUGGUCUGCAGCCGUGACCAUCACAGACUUCGAGAACCCCCUGACCAUCAACACGCAGAGGAGGGAAAUCGGAGCCGCCAUCUACAUCGGCUGGGCCUCGGCGCUGAUUCUGCUCAUCGGGGGGAUCAUCCUCUGCACCUCCUGCCCUCCCUCUAAACCUAUGUAUGGAUACCCGGGUUACAGACCACCCGUUUACCCUUACGCAACCUCGAACCCGCCGACAUACAGUCCCGUGUACGUCCCUCCAGCCAGCCGAGCGUACUCAACCAGCGGGUCAUACAUACCAGCCAAACCUUACGGAGUACCAACCGCCUACUCGCCUCAACAGUACGGGUGA